UUACUAAGUCAAAAUUUCUAGUUUGAAGACUCCAUUGGCCACCCGAUCAAACCCUAUCGUCCAAAGACAAGAAACAUAUCCAUCAUCUACAACAUUGGAAGAACACUGGAGCCUAGAAAUCCGUCCUCUCCAUAGAAAUUUGAGCAGUUGGACUAAAAAUCAUGUCUUGGUGCACCAUUGAGUCGGAUCCUGGUGUUUUCACUGAACUCAUACAGCAGAUGCAAGUUAAAGGUGUGCAGGUUGAGGAGUUGUAUUCACUGGAUGUUGAUUCUUUAAACAAUCUAAGACCUAUAUAUGGCCUAAUAUUUCUUUUCAAAUGGCGUCCUGGUGAAAAGGAUGACCGACUCGUGAUUAAAGAUCCAAACCCAAACUUGUUUUUUGCCAGCCAGGUUAUCAAUAAUGCGUGUGCAACGCAAGCAAUCCUGUCGAUUCUGAUGAACUGUCCAGAUGUCGACAUUGGCCCGGAGCUGUCGUCACUGAAAGAAUUCACCAAAAACUUUCCACCUGAGCUUAAAGGUUUGGCUAUCAAUAACAGCGAAGCAAUUCGCACAGCGCAUAAUAGCUUUGCAAGACCUGAGCCAUUUGUACCUGAAGAGCUGAAAUCUGCUGGGAAAGACGAUGAUGUCUAUCAUUUUAUCAGUUAUAUACCCGUUGAUGGUGUACUAUACGAGCUUGAUGGAUUGAAGGAGGGACCAAUCAGCCUCGGGCAGUGUCCGAGUGGGCAAGAUGAUAUGGGAUGGUUACAAAUGGUACAGCCCGUGAUUCAAGAACGCAUCGAGAGGUAUUCCCAAAAUGAAAUACGGUUCAACCUAAUGGCAAUUAUAAAGAACAGGAAAGAGAUGUAUACAGCUGAGCUCAAGGAUCUCCAGAGGAAGAGGGAAAGAAUCCUCCAGCAACUGGCGGCCUUCCAGUCGGAGAGACUGGUCGAUAGCAGUAACGCGGAAGCGCUGAACCAAAAUCUUUCAGAAAUCAAUGCCGGGAUCGAAGCUGCUACUGAGAAAAUCUUGAUCGAGGAAGAAAAAUUCAAAAAAUGGAGAACAGAUAAUAUCCGUCGGAAACACAAUUACAUUCCCUUUUUGUUCAACUUUCUGAAGAUCCUUGCUGAAAAAAAACAGUUGAGACCCCUCAUAGAAAAGGCCAAACAAAAAACAACCAAACCCUAGGUGAAUCUGUCCACUGUUUAGGUGAAAUGUUGUUUUGUGAAUUUAGAAAACGUUUGCAUAUUCAUCUUAAGUUCUGAUGUUGACUGCCCAUUGUUUAUCUUUAUUGAAUCACAUGGAUAUGUCUUGGAAUGCCUCUUUGGUUGAAGAUUCCAAAUAUGCAAUUUUUGUGGAUAUUGUUUGUUCUUUUGGGGUUGAAGUAUUUUGGUAUUUUAUCU